UUUACAUACACCCACACAUGUAUUAUGAUCAUUAUAUUAUGAUAUAAUGUACACGUACCGAUAUAAUAUGCAAAAAUAACAUCGUUCCAAAUGGAUGGAAUUCCAACAUUUAUUGCAUUUUCUGUGUACAUUUGACAAGAAAUUGUUAUCAAUAUAUAAAUGAGUUUACAAGAUAGUUACUUCUCGGAUGAUGUGGAGAAUGAUUUAAUUGUUUUCUCCAAGGACGAAACACGAAAAAGAGUGCUGGUGUUUCCGCCGGUGAACAACUAUAGACGAUUUCUUAUACAUCAACUUGUGCAAGAUCGGUAUCCAAAUAUUUUGUACACAUUCUCCAUCGGUCAGGGACUCGCGAGAAGAACCGUAGUGUGCUUUAAAUCCGAUGUGAUAAGGGAUCCAAAAUCGAGUGCAAUGGGUGUUCAAGAACAAUGUUCACUAUCGUCUACUCAGGAAUUCAACGUUCAAAAACAAAGAGUAAAAACAGUUCCCACAGUGGAGAUUUAUAGACCGCCAGCUGCUAGAAGAAAAAGAAAUGAACUUGUUGCUUCCGAGUCAACGACCAAUCAGCCAGUACCAGAUUCUUGUGCCUCAACUAAAACAAUUCGCCAAAAGCGACCGGAUCGCGCGGUUUAUGUGCCAAGACAUAGAAGAAGUUUAGAAGUAGAAGAGAGUCCAGUGAGACAGGAAAAAUGUCGCGUUGAUAAACACAGAGAAUCAGAUUAUUCGAUAAAUUCGCCGAUUCACAUUUUAAAAACAUCAUCAUCAAAUAUUUCAACAAUUAACAAUGAGAGAUUAAAUAUAAAAGAAGAAUCAAUUGAAAAUCAAGAAACAGAAUCGAUAAACAAUUUUGAAUCUAUUUUAAAUUCUCAAAAUGAUGAUGAGUCUUCCAAUUUGAGUAAUUGUACUUCUAAUUACUCUAAGACAAAUGAACAAUUGAGAAUGGAAGAAAAUUUUCUUUUAGAAACUAAUGAUAAUUCAAAUAAAUCUGACACUGAUGAUAGAUUAAUUACCACAUUUGUUAAUGAUAAAAAAACAACAGACGAAAAGAAUAAUAAAAUUUGCGAUAGUGAAUCAUUAACAAUAGAUAGAGACAAUAUGAGUGAAAUUAUUAUUCUCGAGUCUAAUAAUGAAGAAAAUUGUGAUAUUGAAAUGUCGUCGAAUCGUCAGGAAAUAAAUAAUGAUGAUAAUAAUGACGCUUCAAGACGGGAUAUUGUUGUUAAUCAGAUGAAUAAAAGAAUAAUUAGCAAUAAUUCCAUAUCUGAUGUUCUUAUUAUUUCUGAUACAAGAAAUAGUGAUGAUAAUGUUAAGGAAGAAGUUUCUGUUAUUUCAAUGACACCUCCGGAAAAGAAGAAAGUGAAAAAAAUUGAGAGGCAAAAAAGUAAACCUGCAGCACCACCAUCGCCGCCUAUUAAAAUUGACAGAGACGAUUGUGAUUGGGAUAGUCUUUUUGAUGACAAUGGCGAUUGUUUGGAUCCAACUCUCAUUAAUGAGCUUUCAUCGGCAGUUGGUGAAGUGACAAUCGAACAACCAAAAAACAGUUACAAAUCAUAUACAAAGACUAUUGAAGUCUCUAGCGAUGAAUAUGCCCAUGUUCUUGAAAUUUACAAUUUUCCAUCAAAUUUCAAAACGUGUGAUUUAGUUGCUGUUUUUAGUCCAUUCAAAAGUGGUGGUUUUGAAUUAAAAUGGGUUGACGAUACUCAUUGUUUAGGUGUCUUCAGCAGUCCACUCGUUGCUGCAGAGGUAUUGGCAUCCGAUCAUCCAGUUGUAAAAACUCGACCGUUAAGUGAGGCCACUGCUCUCAGCAAAACAAAAGCGAGAAAAAGCUCGGAAUUUUUGCAGCCUUAUAGAAAUCGUCCGGAGACGUGUGCUGCUUUAGCGAGGCGUUUAGUUACCGGAGCUCUAGGUGUUAAAUUAGCAACAGCUAGACAAGAACGUGAACGUGAAAAAAUUGUUUUACGUGAAGCCAAAGAAAAGAAAAAAUUGGCAAAUAAACAACGUGAUGACGCUUGGGAAGGUGUGAUUGCUGAAAAAUAACUUUGGCUUUUUUUGUUUUAUAAAAAUAACGGGUCUUGAUAUGAAAACAGGCUAUUUGUUAUAUAUAUUACACAAGAGGCCAUAAUAAUCAGCGAGGAGAAAAAAAAAACUAUAACAAGUGGAAAACAAAAGAAAAAGAAGAAUAUGUGAAUAAAGAAAAAAAAAAGAAGACUUUUUCGCGUGCCUUACUCAUCUACAUAAUUCUCAUUCGUUUAGAUGAAUGUUUGAAAUAAAUAAUAUAUAUUUAUUAGUUCAUCCUGAUAGAUGAGUUAGGCGAGUUAGACGUAACUUUCCUUGGAUCUCUGUUACAGAACUCUCUGUCGUAGAUUUAUAUAGAUUAUAUAUAAAAUAUAAAUGUAAGAAAAAAAAAAAACAAAUUUAAGCGUCAUAUCACUUUAUGAAAACAGUUAUUUGAUAAAUUGCUGAGAUACGUGUUUGAGAACGUUGACUAGUUUAUGCACUUUAAUUCACUCGACCUUAUAAAUGUUAAAUGACAUUAAUUUUCAUACCUCAAUGAUUUCCUCAGUUAAUAUUACAUAUAUAUAUAUAUACAUGCCAUCAAGAAAUAUUACAUCAUUUAUUUUAUCCGUUAAAAUUCAUCAUAAAAUUUUAAUUGUCAUUUUAUUUUACAUUUUCAAAUUUUGAAAAUUAUUUGUCAUUUUCAUUUUUAAAUCAGAGAUUUUAAGGAACAAAGUUAAUUGAACAAUAAUAAAUAUCCGUUAUUAAUAUUAAUAUUCACAGUAUAAUAUUAAUAUUAUAAUAAUUAAUAAAAUUAUGUUAAUAUUAAUAUUAAAUUGUGUUAAUACAAUAAGAUACAAAAAUUGUACAAUUUCAACAUAUAAAAAAAUUUUAUUUGUAACAGUGAAUUACUAGAAUAGUGUAAAAUAGCAAAAAAAAAUAAAAACUUUUUUUUAUUCUAGUUAAAUCUUUCGCUGUUCCAAAUAAAUCUUUUUUUCUGCAUAAUGUUAAUAUAUUAAUUAAUUGAUUUAAUAUAUACACAACGAUAAAUGAAAUAAAAUUAUUGUUUCUUGAUUGAUAAUGUAUGCAGAAAUUUGCAAAUAUGCAAAUUUUACCUGACAAUAAACUGUUGACCCAAUGUCCAUCCGAGUAACUUAAACAUCGAUGCAAUUUUGUGCAACGAAAUUUAUUAUAAUUGUAAAAAUUUAUAUAUAUAUAUGUAUUCUUAUAAAAACAACAUAAAAUCUAGAUAAGAUAUAUUUCAAAUGAAAUAUUGUGGCAUUAUUUGUAUUUAUAUAUAUGUCGUGUAGUUGUCAUUUUCUAGAAUAUAAUAUUUGAGAAAAAAAAAAUUCUAUAUAUUAUAUAAAUAACGAUCUGCGCACAAUCUUAUAUAGAGAAAGGUGAAAUUUUUCUCUUUUAAAACUGAAGCGAGAUUGUAUUUUUCUAUACAAUUGUUGCCGAUAAAAUUAUAUGACAGAUAUAUACCUAGUCACAAUGUACGAGAAAUACACACGUUACCUAUAUUCAAUGUUACUUUGUAAUAUGUUGAUUGGGAAACAUUAUUUGUCGAGAUUAAUAAAAGUAUUUUCUGAAUCCAUAA